UUUUCGCCCGGGAUUAAGAGACUAGGCUGCAGCAGGGCCCGGGUCAAAAGCGUCCAGAGCCGGCGGCCUGCGAUGUUGCCUUUCCUACGGGGCGGCCAGAAGAAACCGCAGGAUCUUUUAUUCCUGGACUCGAGGUCCUGACGGGCCCUUUUCUGAACCGGACCGAUAGGCCUUCCGCCUGCCUGUGCUUUAAAUUAGGAGGCGGACGAGGCCUCGGUGUUCCGGUUUACGCAUAGUGAUUAAGGUCAUUUUGUUCUCUUUAGAAUUGAGGACUCCAACCCUGAGGCUGACUGAAAGUUUCAGAUCCGUACACACGAGGCCCUUCUGGCAUCUCCUGGUGAGAGCCCAAGCCCUAGAGUCAGCUGGCCAGUGCUGCCCAGAAGCGGCGCCUGGGAGGGAGGUAUGAUUGGCUGGAGCCGGCGCCCGCCUCCGCCCCGGGCGCCUCGGCCUCGCCCCCGGCCGUGCAGGGAGGCGCCCCCGCCAGCGGUGACCGAGACUUGGGAGACUUGUGGUUUCUGUGACUCUGUGGUCUGAGGUGGCAGCCACUGAUCAUGGAGACCGGUGCCUCCGGCGAGCCCGAGAUGGCCGAAGUGCUGCCCCAGCACAAGUUCGACUGCAGGUCUCUGGAGGCCUACCUACACCAGCACUUGCCCGGCUUUGGGGCCGAGCCCGACGCCAAGCUGACCAUUGCCCAAUACAGAUCAGGACAGUCCAAUCCAACCUUUUAUCUCCAGAAGGGCUUUCAAGCAUACGUACUCAGAAAAAAACCACCUGGUUUGCUUCUUCCUAAAGCACAUAAGACUGAUAGAGAAUUUAAAGUCCAGAAAGCUUUGUUUUCAAUUGGAUUCCCCGUUCCCAAACCUUUAUUGUACUGCAGUGAUGCUUCUGUCAUUGGAACAGAAUUUUAUGUGAUGGAACAUGUACAGGGCCGAAUCUUCCGUGAUUUCACAAUUCCUGGAGUUAGCCCAGCAGAACGCUCAGCCAUAUAUGUGGCCAUGAUAGAAACCUUGGCUCAGUUACAUUCCUUGAAUAUAAAGUCAUUGCAGCUGGAAGGAUAUGGUACAGGUGCUGGGUACUGCAAAAGACAGGUAUCAACCUGGACAAAACAAUAUCAAGCUGCAGCUCAUCAGGACAUCCCUGCCAUGAACCAGCUAUCUGACUGGCUAAUGAAAAACUUGCCAGAUAAUGACAACGAAGAAAAGUUGAUUCAUGGAGAUUUCAAACUAGAUAACAUAGUUUUCCACCCUAAAGAGUCUCGAGUUGUAGCUGUACUGGAUUGGGAGCUUUCAACCAUUGGUCAUCCUUUGUUAGACUUGGCUUAUGUCUCCAUGUUCUGUUUUUGGCCAAGGACCAUUCCAAUGUUAAAUCGAAGUCCUCAUUUGCAAGAAAACAUAGGGAUACCAUCAAUGGAAGAAUUGAUUUCAAUAUAUUGCCGCUGCAGGGAAAUUAAUUCUGAUCUUCCUAACUGGAAUUUCUUUCUUGCCCUUUCAUAUUUUAAAAUUGCUGGAAUAGCACAGGGAGUAUAUAGUAGAUAUCUUCUGGGAAAUAGUGCAUCUGAAAGUAGCUUUCAGUUUGCCAGUGUUGUGCAACCUCUGGCAGAAACUGGAUUACAACUCUCAAAAAGAACUUUCAGUACUGCACUUCCACAGACUGAUACUACCAGACAGUUGUUUGCACAGACUAGGACAGGCCAGGAAGUUCUUACUAGGGUGAAGUGGUUCAUGAAACAACACAUCCUCCCAGCUGAAAAAGAGGUAAUUGAAUUCUAUGUUCAAAAUGAAAAUGCAGUAGACAAGUGGAAAAAACCUUUAGUGAUUGAUAAACUCAAGGAAAUGGCCAAAGCAGAAGGCCUCUGGAACUUGUUUUUGCCAGCUGUAAGCGGUCUCAGCCAGGUGGACUACGCCUUGAUUGCCGAAGAAACAGGAAGAUGCUUUUUUGCUCCAGAUGUCUUUAACUGCCAGGCACCAGACACAGGGAACAUGGAGGUGCUCUACCUAUAUGGAAGUGAGAAACAGAAGCAGCAGUGGCUUGAGCCUCUUCUUCAAGGGAGCAUUGCCUCCUGCUUCUGUAUGUCAGAACCUGAUGUAGCUUCAAGUGAUGCCAUGAAUAUUGAAUGUAGCAUCAAGCAAGAUGGAGAUAGCUAUGUAAUUAAUGGCAAGAAAUGGUGGAGCAGUGGAGCUGGGAAUCCAAAGUGCAAAAUUGCAAUUGUUAUGGGAAAAACUAACAGUAACUCUGUAACCAGACACAAACAGCACAGCAUGAUUCUUGUUCCCAUCAACACACCUGGAGUAGAAAUAAUAAGGCCGUUGUCUGUUUUUGGCUACCUGGAUAAUUUUCAUGGAGGACAUUUUGAGAUCCAUUUUAAUCAAGUGCGAGUUCCUGCCACCAAUUUAAUACUAGGUGAAGGUAGGGGAUUUGAAAUUGCCCAAGGCCGCCUUGGACCUGGCAGAAUCCACCACUGUAUGAGAACAGUAGGUUUGGCUGAACGUGCUUUGCAGAUCAUGUGUAAACGGGCAGAAGAAAGGGUGGCCUUUAAGAAGAAACUGUAUUCGCACGAGGUGGUGGCUCACUGGAUUGCUGAAAGCCGCAUUGCCAUUGAUGAGAUCCGCUUGUUGACCUUGAAAGCUGCCCACAGCAUUGAUACUCUGGGCAGCUCUGGCGCUAAGAAGGAGAUUGCAAUGAUUAAAGUGGCUGCCCCUCGGGCUGUCUGCAAAAUUAUUGACCGGGCCAUCCAAGUGUGUGGAGGUGCAGGCGUUUCCCAGGAUUACCCUCUGGCUAACAUGUAUGCCCUAACACGAACUUUGCGCUUAGCAGAUGGGCCCGACGAGGUCCACCUCUCAACAGUCGCAAAAAUGGAGCUGUGGGCCCAAGCCAGAAGUCUGAGGGCCAAGGUGUAGGAGGUGACACCACCUCACCUCGAUACAUACUCCGUCAGCGCCAGCAUUUCAGUCUCAUCCGCUUUUGCAGCAGUUUAAGCACAGGAUUAAUUACUCAUUUUGGUAAAGAUUUGACAAUCUGUUUCAAUCAAUGGGUUUUAUCAUUUCAAGGGUCACACUUAAAAUUUUAUAAUUUCAAGGGUUUAAGUGAAAAAAGGAUAUUUUAUAGCUGUUGUCAUUCAGUCUAACACCUGAGUGAAUAGCAUUUAUUUUUUAAACACUCCACUUGUAAAGAAAUCAUGAAGUAAAUUGGAAAACUAAAGCAGAGCGUAAAAAUAUUUUCACUUUUUUACUUUCAGGAAUUGUUCCAUUUAAAUACAUAUUUGAGGGAUAUUUAAUCACUAAUUUAUAAAAAAUAUAGUGGGAUCCCCUUUUACUAUUGGUUUUAGGGGUUGCCUUAACACUUUGUGGCAGUGUUUGCACUGGGGAAGGAUGUGUGACUGAUUGGGUCAUUUUAGAGUUCAUAUUGUUAGAAGCCUCUUCAUAAUUCAACAGAAAGCAUUUAUACAUAAAAUCUGAUUGUUACUAGAAGACAUGGCAUCUUAUGAGAAAGUAUAAUUAAGAAAAAUUUUAAUCCUAUAUAAAAUGUUUAUGAGAACAGGGAAUAGUUUAACCUGCAAGAAAGUCAUAUAGUUUUGAGAGGAGAGUAAGGACAGUCUGCGUUGAACACCAUUCUGUUAGUAGCAACACCCUAAGGCAACAUCCUUGUGGCACCUUACCUCAGCGCUGCUGAGGACCGCAGCCUAGGCCACGUGGGAGUCUUGAGCACCUGAAUCGUGGUCAGUGUAACUGAGGAACUGAAUUUUUGAUAUUUUAAAAAUUUUAAUUUAAAUAUAGAUUCUCAACUUAGUUACUGGAAAACUUUUAAGUAUGCUUUGAAUAACUUGGGUAUGUGAAUUGUCUUGCAAAUGUAAAUUUUAUGAACUCUAAAUACAGAGCAAGUAUUUUGAAUGAAAAUUUAGCAUCCAAAUUAAGUGUAAAAUACACAGCAGAUUUUGAAGACUUGGUAUGAAAAAAAAUUAAAUGUCUCAAUACUUUUUUAAUAUUGAUUAUGUGUUGAAAUGGUAAUAUUUUGGAAUAUACUGAGUUAAAUAAAAUAUUAUUUAAAUUAA